CCUCGCCGCCUUCCCCGCCCGCGCCCGCCCCCUCCGCUGCGGCCCCAGGGACACCAUGGAGGCGCUGGAGCGGGACGAGAUGCUGAACGCGGUGGAGCUGGAGCAGUGGGAGAGCGGCAAGUCCGAGAGCGGCAUCGCGGCCUGCCAGGGGAUCCGCAUCCGCCGCCACGGCCGCCCCGCCGCCUCCAUGGCGGAGAUCGAGGCCGAGAUGGGCGCCCCCCGCAACAUCCUCGAGAAGAUCAUCUGGGACAAGGAGAUCGAAGUGGCCCAGGGGCUUGCCAGAAAUCCUCUGAAUGAGGUGAUUGAGUCUGCAGGGAAGGCUCCUCCUACAAGAGACUUCUAUGGUGCUUUGGCAGCAGCCCACAAGCGUAAUGGGGUGCCAGCAUUGAUCGCUGAGGUCAAGAAGGCGUCACCAAGUAGGGGCGUACUCAGGGAGAACUUUGAUCCUGUUGAAAUUGCUCAAGCUUAUGAAAAGCAUGGAGCUGCAUGCUUGAGCAUCUUGACUGAUGAGAAAUACUUCCAGGGAAGUUUCGAGAAUCUUCAGAAGGUGCGCAAAGCAGGAGUUAAGUGCCCCCUUCUGUGCAAAGAGUUCGUCGUUGACAAAUGGCAGAUCUAUUAUGCCCGUACUAUGGGUGCUGAUGCAGUUCUGCUAAUUGCUGCUGUGCUAACUGAUCUCGACAUAAAAUACUUCCUUCGAAUAUGCAAGGAGUUGGGAUUGACGGCUCUUAUUGAGGUUCAUGAUGAAAGAGAGAUGGAGCGUAUCCUUGCGAUAAAUGGUGUUCAGCUUAUUGGCAUCAACAACCGUAGUCUUGAGACAUUUAUAGUGGAUACUUCGAACACGAAGACGUUGCUGGAGAAGCAUGGCAAUGCCAUCAGGGAGAAGGGAAUAUUGGUUGUUGGAGAAUCAGGGCUAUUCACCCCAGAUGAUGUUGCUUAUGUGCAGAAUGCUGGAGUCUCCGCUGUUUUGGUAGGCGAAUCCUUGGUGAAGCAAGCGGACCCUGGGCGAGCCAUCGCUGGGCUCUUCGGAAGAGAACUGGUGCACUGAAACAACUAGACCAGACUUGUUUGUGGUAGACUAGUAGUAGUAGCUGCCAGACCACCGCAUGAUGAAUAAUAAUGGUCUCCUUUUCUUUUGGCUGAGCAACAAGAUUUGAUCUUUUUUAUGCGGGAAAUAAACAUAUUCUUUAUUUAUGGGGAAUAAAUUUAUGAUCUACCAGUUGCGUGCAUA